CCCUAACCCCCUUCAUCACAAGCCAGCAGGCAGAAGCUCUCGAUCCACCCAUGGAAGCUCAAAAUAUUCCAUCCACGCCACCAUUGUCACCGCAUCACUCUCACACAUUAUCUCCCAAUACUACAUCUACAACUCCUCCUAUAAGCCCUCCAUCAGCAUCCCGACCCACAAUCUCCCUUCAACAACCAUCAAACAAGAAAGGGCCUUCGAAAUCCUCCAAGAUUUUUAGGCGUUUUCGUUCCGUUUUCAGGUCAUUUCCGAUCAUAACGCCUGUCUGCAAGAUCCCGGUCAGUCUCCAUGGAACCCGGCUACACGACAACCAUAUACACGGAGGGACACGAAUGACUGGAACCCUAUUUGGGUACCGUAAAGCUAGGGUUAACCUUGCCAUCCAAGAAAACUCUAAGUGCCUCCCGAUUUUAGUACUUGAGCUUGCAAUAACAACAGGAAAGCUCCUCCAGGAGAUGGGGUUGGGGCUUGUUAGAAUUGCUUUAGAAUGUGAAAAGCGACCAUCAGAGAAGAUCAAGAUCCUGGAUGAGCCAAUAUGGACAUUAUUUUGUAAUGGUAGAAAAUCAGGCUAUGGAGUAAGGAGGGAACCGACGGAUGAAGAUUUAAUGGUAAUGCAAACGUUGCAUCCUAUUUCGAUGGGUGCUGGCGUGAUACCAACCGAAGCUACGGAGAAUCCUGAUGGGGAGUUGACAUACAUGCGUGCACAUUUCGAACGGGUAGUUAAUUCUAGAGAUUCGGAAACUUAUUAUAUGAUGAAUCCGGAUGGUAACUCUGGCCCUGAACUCAGCAUAUUCUUUGUAAGGAUUGGAUGA